UUCGGCUGCGCACACCCUUACCCUCGCAAUCCAAUGUCUCCUAAAGACAAGCCCGACGAUUCCGAGCUCGUCCACCUCGUCUCCUCCUAUCCCAACGACUUCGAUGAUUCCGACGAAGACGAGGCCUUCUACGCUCCCGAUGAAGGCGAUUUCCUGUUCAGUGCGAAGUGGCGCGCUCGCAUCAGAAACGUAGCCCAACGUAUUCCGAGGCGGGUACAACGCUUUUCCGCCGUGGGCGUUCUCGUCUUGUUCUUUGUUUGGCUCACGUUAUUACGUCCCUAUUUCUCCGAUAUGAGCAAGGAAUACAGGGAAAUGGAGGCUGAUCCGCGUGAUCGCUUCGGGCUGAACAAGAGGCCUGAAUUCGACGAUAUAGUGCAGGUCAAGCAGUUGGACACAAAGUACUUGCCCAAAGGCGAUGCGAAACUGUUCGUGGUGGGUGAUGUACACGGAUGCAAGAAGGAGCUGUUGGAGUUGUUGGAGAAGGGUGGAUACAAAGAACAACGAGACCAUCUAAUUUUGACGGGAGAUAUUGUCUCAAAAGGUCCUGAUUCCCCGGGCGUUGUCGCUCUCGCCUCCGGCCUCCAUGCAUCUUGUGUACGAGGCAACCACGAAGACAGAGUCCUCCUAUCCAUCGCCGCAGCGAGCGCCACGCCAGCCCCAUCCUUCAGCGAUGCCAAAACCCGAAAACUCGCCAAAUCCCUCACACCCUCCCAGAUAUCAUAUCUUCAAACCUGCCCCGUGAUUCUCGAUGUCGGCUUCAUCGGCAGCCUGGAACACGUCGCCGUAGUCCAUGCUGGGCUGGUCCCAGACAUCUCCCUCGCCGCACAAGAUCCAUACCAAGUCAUGAAUAUGCGCACCAUGAACAUGCGAACUCGCGUACCAUCCGAGAGGCAUGAGGGAACGCCUUGGACAAAGUUCUGGAACCAUUACCAGACCAAGAAGAAGGGCGAGGGCGAGAGGUGGAGUGUGAUCUACGGGCACGAUAAGAAGAGGGGUUUCACCGUCAAAGAAUGGAGUUAUGGAUUGGAUUCAGGGUGUGUGGAUGGCGGUAAGCUGACGGCUAUGGUCAUCAACGAGACUGGUGAGCAUGAAUUCGUCCACGUCAAGUGCCCCAACGAGGGGUAUAUAGAUUAG